AAACUUGUCUGUUAGCUUAAGGGUUUUUUAUUGUACAGUGCUCAGUGAAAGUGUUGUGUGUGCAAGGGUUUUCUGGUGAAGAGGUCAUCUGUAGGCGAUCAAACGGGUUGAGACCAUUGCUAGGUAGGUUUACCUAAUUUAAUUUUAUUUAACUUAUCCGAGGCAAACUAUUGAACUCCAUUCCCAACAGCAUCUCGGAAACAGGCUUCCAAAGUAACUUGUUGAACGAUAAAGAUGCGCUGUCACGGAUGACACGAAUAGCUCCGAGUAACCGUUUCAUGAAAGGACAGAAUCCAAUAACUGAGCGGAGUUCACAAUGAAGGGGGCCAUGAGAAAAGCGAGGAGCCGACAAGAAGUACUUGCGACUUGACGUGUUGGCAAACAGGCAGAUAACCAGCAUGGCUUCGCACUUUGCCACCAUAUUAUUGUGGCUUGGCGGAAGCGUGUUUGGUCUACGAGACAUCCAGCUGAGUGUCCCGGAGGCGGUGGGCGUGGGCGCCAGCGCGUCGCUCGGCUGUCGCUGGGCGCUGGACACCGGCGAGGCACUCUACACCGUCAAGUGGUACCACGGCGCGCAGGAGUUCUUCCGCUUUGUGCCCAAGGAACUGCCCAAUACGAGGGUGUUCUCGCAAACGGGCAUUAGUGUUGACGUGUCAAGGUCAGGAGCCCAGCAGGUAGUGUUGCGGGGCGCGACCAGAAGCCUCAGCGGGCGGUAUCGCUGCGAGGUCUCCGCCGAUGCUCCGUUCUUCCACACCGUCUACAAAAGUGCUUACAUGCGCGUCGUAGAACUGCCUGAGUCGGGCCCGAAAGUGCUUGCACAGAAGAGUUGGUACACAGUGGGCGACAUGCUGCGAGCUAAUUGCACUUCCCCGCCUUCUGAUCCGACGGCGAAUCUCACUUGGUUACUUAACGGUUAUGAGGUCAAAGGUCUCGACAUACCGCUACAAGACACACAAUUCCCACCGAGACAGCAAAUCAUAAGCGACGCCUCGCUAGAAGACGCGAAUAGAAUAAUAUUCAGUCCAUGGGACGCUCUGUCCGGGUACGAGGAUGCUGCGACUGAUAUUAUAGACAUCCCGGGCGAUGUUGCUCUCUCUCACAAGAACAACUUUGAAAGCACGACGUCACUUGCUCUGAGACUUGAGCAAAUUGCAAGCAAAAAUAUAAGCGUUGAAGAAGAAAAAUCUAAUAAGUCUUCCUCCUUCAGUCAGCUCGUUAUUCGAGUGCAAGCUUCACAUUUUUAUAAGGGUCGUCUAAACAUAACGUGCUUGGCGCGAAUACUCUCCGUGUGGUCAGCCAGCGGUUUUCUUCUGCUGGACGAAGAAAGACCACAGAUUGCGCCCGUCAUGGGCAGUCGGGACUCCAAUUCAGGUUCCCGGUGUUCCACAUCGCACGUCGCGGCGCUUUUGAACUAUUUACUACUCAAGCUCUGGGCAUUCCGAUGAUUCCCAGAGGAAGGUGAAUAAAUAACAUUUUUUCGAUCAAAAUAUUAGUGAUACACAAUUGACGGUACACCCAUAUCUAUAGUCGAGUAUUUGUUUUAACUUUAAAUGAUAAUAAAGUAACAAUAACAGUGAACGUUAUAACAAAAGCAUACAUAACGUUUUAUUUAUGUAAAUAUAUUCGUAAAAUGUAAAAGAAAACAUAUUGUAUAAAGUUUCAUUGGGGUAAUUUCGAAAAUGGUGUUAUUUCAAUAUCUGUCUGAUAUUGACAACGUCAAUAUCAGACAUAGUGAUAGUUGACAACGUCAAUUAUCUUCAUGGUGACCAUAUAGACAAUUGAUUUUGUCAACCAUAAGGGUUAUGGUCUCUGAUACAGAAUAUGUCUACUAUAGACCAGCCGACUUCUGAUGGAAUGUGUGAUGUAACGUAGAUCUGGCGUACAAGGUUGUUGAACUGUUUCAAGGUUAUGCCAACUGUUUGUCUUGUAGUGAUAAGACAAAAAACGAGGCAAUUGUAAUUAAAUAUGUUUGUCCCAUUCGAUCACGAACUGUCAGAAACGCGAUCUUUGAGCUGCCGGAUAUUAAACUAGUCAAUAUUAUUGCUGAGUCUAAACUUUUAAAGACUACAUUAUUUAUAUCAUAAGACACCCUGUAUAAUGUGGGCUUUAAACAACGUGGAACGUAUAUUAUUAUUACUUUCUUACUUCAAACGUGUUCUGCAGACAAUAUUGAUUAGUUUUUUAGACAGUCACUAAUAUCAGAAUAUCUCCAUUUAACGUAACUACCCCAAUAAAAAAAAAUAUUUUUUCGAUAGAUGAGAUUAAUAAACGAAUAGUUUCAAACGGCAAGAAUUUGUAGUGAUGUACUUAAGUUAUUUUCCAGUGUACCUAGAUGAAUAUGAUUGUACUCAACUAUACAUUUGGGUAAUAGGGAUUAAACAAAGUGACAGGUGAAACGAUUUUAUCAGUGAAGUGAUUAAACAGUAGUGAAUUUUAUACUUGUAUAUAUAUAUAGUUUUUAAAUUAUAAACGUAAGAAUAUAGUGAUGUUCUGCUUCACGAACUCUAUGUAUGUAACUGUUACUGUAAAAUAAGGAUGAUACAUUAAAUGAUCCCCGUUUUUUA